AUGUUAUCCCUGUAUUUAACUUCCUUUAUUCUCUUCUCACUUCUUCAUCAAUCAACUAUCUCCUUUUCACUUCAAGAAUCUCCACGGCAAUGUCAACAAAUACAAUUCAAUGAGAAAUGUGGUAGCUUCAAUAUCUCUUUUCCAUUUCACUUAAAUAACUCUUCUUCAGUUUCUACUGCUUUUAAACUAUCUUGCUUGAAUUCAACUACCCUAUACCUCAACAUCGACACUCAAAGAUAUCGAGUGCUUGAAUUCUUCACUGAUGGAGUGCUAGUUGACUUUCCAGAGAUCACUUCUUGUCGACAGUAUAAUGAUUUAAAUUCUUUUGGUUUCGGAAGAAAUGAAUACUUUGGUGUCUCGGUUGACAAUGUUAUUGGUUUAUAUGAUUGUGAAGAUUCUUCUUUGUGUAAAGCGGGUUGUGAAACAAAUAACUUGCCUGGUUGUGAUGGAAACAGUAAAGGGUCACUUGCCUGUUGUUAUCCACUAUCUGAUCACAGUGUAUGGCACGUCGGAGAUGGCUUUUCUGUUUUUUCCAAGUUUGGGUGCAGGGGGUUUUCGUCUUGGGUUGUUUCACGUGGAACUAAUACUGGGAAGCGUGGCGUAAAAUUAGAGUGGGCUAUUCCUAGAAACAAAUCCGAAGGAGUUUGUGCUAGCAAUGCAAUUAUAGUUAAUGCCACAGCAGUUGAAGCAGGUGUCAGGUGCUUCUGUCAGGAUGGUUUUGAAGGAGAUGGAUUUGCUAAUGGAAUUGGAUGCAUAAAAUCCUGCAUCAAGGAUGGACGGGAAGCAUAAGGCAAGGAUUGUUUCGCCAAAAGAAAAAGUGAAAAAGAAGUUGUAAUUGUAGCUGGUGUUCUUGCUCCAGCCUUCAUCAUUGCUUCCUUAUUCGCUCUCUUUUGUCUACUGAAACGACCUGGUAAAGCCGGUGCAUUUGACCAUGAGCAGGGCCAUUUUCACAGUACAAUUUCAUUCCGUAAAGCUUGUAGGACUCAGUUGUUUACUUACCACGAGCUAGAUGAAGCAACCAAAGGAUUUAAAGACGGUCAAAAACUUGUAGAAAGCACAAAUGGUUCAAUUUAUGCUGGGGUCAUAGGGGAUGGUUCACAUGUAGCUGUACACAAGGUACGAUGUGAGAAUGAAAGAGACCUUAUACAAGUGUUGUCCCAGGUUGAGGUUUUGUCAGCAAUUUUGCACAGGAAUUUGGCCCGUCUCCUUGGAUGCUGCAUUGACUCUGAAUACAGCCCACUAGUAGUCUAUGAGUAUCCUGCAAAUGGUACCCUGGAGGAACAUUUGCGCCAAAGCAGUGAACACAAAACUGGCCUAGAUUGGUAUAAGAGGUUAAUCAUUGCUGCUGAAACAGCUAGUGUUCUUGCAUUCUUGCAGUAUGAGAUUUCUCCUCCCAUUUUCCACCAAUACCUCAAAUCCGGUUACGUCUUUCUAGAUGAAGAUUAUUCCGUUAAAAUAGCUGGGUUUGGAUUACUAAGCACCGGCCCUGAAAUUGGGUCUAAUUCAUGCAACAAUCAUGAAGGUUUGCCAAGUCAACAAAAUGAUGUUUAUGAUUUUGGUGUAUUACUUCUAGAGAUAAUUACAGGCUCCAAACAUGUGGACCAGCCAACUGUAGCAUUGCAAAAAAUAAGAAGUGGGAAGCUAGAAGAAAUUGUGGAUCCAACUCUUUACUAUCAUGAGCAACCGAUUUUUCGAAGAGAGCAGAUAGAGAUAGUUGCAGACCUUGCAACUAGGUGUUUGUUAUUUGGUAGAGAUGGCAAAAUUGGUAUGAUUGAUGUUGCCAAGGAGCUUAUACACGUAACAAAAGAGAGCAUUGAUGGCGGUAGUAAGAGGGGACCUGCAUUGGAAGAAACAUUUUCGAAUUCAAGUCUGCUGCAGAUGAUAUCAAUGUCUCCAGACUCUAUAUAUGUGCCUUGAAUUGCCGUUCUAGAUAUCAGCAACAAAGUGACUAGUCCAUUUCACUUUCCUCAAACUUAUUGCAGUGUCUGUGGUGUCGGCUAACAUUUAUGUGAAAAAUUGUCGCAUGGAGUGGAUUAGCAACUUGUAUUGAGUUAUGUGCUGCAGCUAGUUCUAUGUGGUGGAGAUAAAUUAUUGUGAGGUUAUGCAUACUACAAGCAAGCUGUAGUUGUAUUGUAUGUAUAGAAUAUGGAUACUUGUUAUUUUAUUUCUAUAUCUUU